AUGGCUUCAUUCUCGGUUCAGGUAAAUGGAGAGCUUGCGGGCUAUUUUCGUAGUGCUAGGGGCCUGCGUCAAGGCUGCUCGCUCUUGCCCUACCUGUUUGUCAUCUGUAUGGAUGUUCUAUCCAAGAUGUUGGAUAAAGCUACUGCUUCGCAGGACAUUGGAUAUCACCCGCGGUGCAAAAAUCUACGGUUAACGCAUCUUUGUUUUGCGGAUAACCUUAUGAUAUUAUCGGAUGGUAAGGUCCGAUCUGUUGAUGGUAUUGUCCAGGUUUUGAAUAUUUUUGCUAAGCGUUCAGGCCUAACCAUUAGUAUGGAGAAAACAACUUUGUAUCUUGGAGGAGUCUCCCCGGAUAAUACUGCACUUUUGGGCAAUCGGCUUCUGCGGGAAAGCAUUCGAGAAUUAGAUAGUAUAUGCUCAGCUUUCUUAUGGUCUGGCCUGGCUCUGAAUGCUAAGAAGGCAAAGUUUUCAUGGACUGAUGUGUGUAAACCUAAGUGUGAGGGUGGACUAGGAUUGAGAUCAUUGAAGGAGACAAAUGAUGGUGGCUUUUUCUGGUCUGUUAAACCUGCAUCUCUCUCAGGCUCCUGGAUGUGGAAACAUUUGCUAAAAUAUCGCGACUUGGCUAAAACUUUUGCAAAAGUGGAGGUCAACAAUGGAACUCUCACAUCGUUCUGGUAUGACAACUGGUCGGCUCAUGGUUAUCUGUUGGAUAAAGUUGGUUCACGAGGUGGAGACGAGAGAACACUUGUUCUUCUCAUGUCCAUAUACAGCUGCAGUUUGGUCCGGCGGUAUGGGGAAGUUCCUACUCCUGAGCUAACUCUUAUUGGCUGGCUUGACAAGCAAAUUAGAGCUCAACUUCUCGCUAUUAAACGUAUGGGGGACCGACACUAUGCUCUCGGUAUGCAGAGAUGGCUCGCCACACGCUACUAA